ACUUUUUUCGUGCCCCUAAUUCUGGGUUAAUACUUAACGUCAUUACGUCAAACUCUUUUUGAAGUUUCCCUCAUUGAAAAUUGAGGGUUGACGAGACGUGACAAUGGGUCGUGUAAUUCGGGCUCAGCGUAAAGGUGCCGGUUCGGUCUUCGUAUCACACACCAAGAAAAGGAAAGGAGCCCCAAAACUUCGUUCCUUAGACUAUGCGGAACGCCAUGGUUAUAUCAAGGGCGUCGUAAAGGACAUCAUCCAUGACCCUGGCCGUGGAGCUCCGUUGGCCGUCGUGCAUUUCCGCGACCCUUACAAGUUUAAGACGCGCAAGGAACUUUUCAUUGCCCCGGAAGGUCUUUACACGGGUCAAUUUGUUUACUGUGGAAAGAAAGCUACCCUAGAAGUUGGAAAUGUGAUGCCAGUAGGUGCUAUGCCUGAAGGUACAAUUGUAUGCAACCUUGAAGAAAAGAUGGGUGACCGAGGUCGGCUGGCCCGUGCAUCUGGUAACUUUGCUACCGUCAUUGGUCACAAUCCUGAUGCUAAGCGUACAAGAGUCAAACUGCCUUCUGGUGCCAAGAAAGUUUUGCCUUCUAGCAAUAGAGGGAUGGUUGGUAUUGUUGCUGGUGGUGGACGUAUUGACAAACCUAUCUUGAAGGCUGGUCGUGCUUACCACAAAUAUAAGGUUAAGCGUAACUGCUGGCCAUACGUCCGAGGUGUGUCCAUGAACCCCGUAGAGCAUCCUCACGGUGGUGGAAACCAUCAACACAUUGGUAAGGCUUCUACUGUCAAGAGAGGUACAUCUGCUGGUCGCAAGGUUGGUCUUAUUGCUGCUCGCAGAACUGGAAGAAUCCGUGGUGGCAAGACAGAGGCAAAGAAGGAGACGUAAACGUUGUUUUAUGCAAAAUAAAAAUAAUAAAAUCAUAA